UGCACGCGCACACACAUACACACACACAGACACACGCACACAUACUUCCCUGCAGCAGGCUCUCUGCUUUCCAGGACCAGCCGUUUUGUGUUGGAGGCACCAGGCAGGGGCUCAGGCAGCACAGAGGCCGCUGAACCCACACUGUUCCCCGCGGGCCUGCUCAGAGCCUGGCUGCCGCACUGGCUUUGCUCUGAGCGCAGCUGGUUCUAAGAAGUGAGGUCCGGCUGACACCACGUUACCACCUGCCUCUCCUCUCCAGUUACUCUCUGUUCUCCCUUGUGGGGGACAAGAGGCUUCCAGCCUCUCUGGGCCUCUGUUUCCCAGGAAGACGGCGCAUUCAGGACUCUGGGCUCUCACUGGUGCCCUGCUUCCUUCUCGAGAUGGGCCACGCAGUCACCUUCAGAUCAGGCCUACCCCAGCUCCAGGUGCAGGAAGGAGGGUAAGGAGGACCGUGAGGUGGGCUCACUUGCACCUGUGCACGGGCCUUCCCGACCCUCCAAGAAUGAACGGUGAUGUCCUCUAGCCUCCCCUAGCAGCGUCUUGGUUCUCCCUGGCCACAGCAGCUGACCAGGACUGGGACUUUCUCCACAAGCGGUCAGCACCAGCAGUCAGUGAUGACUGUCCAGAAACUGGUGGCCACAGCCGUGCUGGUGGCCCUGGUCUCUCUCAUCCUCAACAAUGCAGCAGCCUUCACCCCUAACUGGGUGUAUCAGACGCUGGAGGACGGACGCAAACGAAGUGUGGGGCUAUGGAGGUCCUGCUGGCUGGUGGACAGGGCCCGGGGAGGGCCAAGCCCCGGGGCCAGGCCUGGGCAGGCAGAUACGAGGGACUGCGAGGCCCUGGGCUGGGGCUCUGAGGCGGCAGGCUUCCAGGAGUCCAGAGGCACCGUCAAACUGCAAUUCGACAUGAUGCGUGCCUGCAACCUGGUCGCCACGGUGGCCCUCGCUGCAGGCCAGCUCACUUUCAUCCUGGGGCUGACGGGCCUACCCCUGAUGUCGCCUGAUUCCCAAUGCUGGGAGGAGGCCAUGGCUGCUGCGUUCCAGCUGGCGAGUUUUGUCUUAGUCAUCGGGCUGGUGACGUUCUAUAGAAUCGGCCCGUACACCAGCCUGUCCUGGUCUUGCUACCUGAACAUUGGUGCCUGCCUCCUGGCCACCCUGGCAGCUGCCAUGCUCAUCUGGAACAUUCUUCACAGGAGAGAGGACUGCAUGGCGCCCCGAGUGAUUGUCAUCAGCCGCUCUUUGACUGCUCGGUUUCGCCGUGGGCUAGACAACGACUAUGUGGAGUCACCAUGCUGAGGGUUGCCAGGGAGGGGCCCUGCUUGGGACUUUAUCCACUGUAAUGGAACAGUCUAGAAACCAAGGGACUGCCUGUAUGGAGGCGGUCGAUUCGUAUGGUUUCUUACAUAUGCAUAUGUACGAUACACAGGUAUGUUUACUAUGUUUAUAUAAAUAUAUUAUACGACCACAUAUCGUCUGUGCCAGCCUCCUCCUGACCCACUCACAACCUGGCUUCACGCUCACCCAUGUCGCGAGGAAGAGACCAGCGCCUGAGAUGCACGCGAGGAGCGGCAGCUGCCCUGCCCAGCACCCUGCCCAGGGUUGGUUCACUCUGCACCUGCUGAGGGGCACCUGCAGCUGCCUUAUCUUUGGUAAAGCAGAACAUCCCGGGAGGUUUUCUGGAAGUGACCAAGAUCUUCCUAGAGUGGCUCAGAAUUUGUAAUCAGAUGGUUACGGCUUUAUGACAGGAUGGAGUUAGUAAUGUGUGUUUGUGCCUGACUAUUUUUCUAAGUUAAAAUAAAAUGCAAACCUCUUACCAGUGUCUAAAACGUGUGCUGUAUCUACCGACACUGCCACGUGAUAAAAAGAAUUUAGUCUAGUUUAUGUGGUUUUUGUGGGCUAGCAGUAAGAGGAGGGUUGACACAUUUUUUAAAGAUCUGGUGGGAGUGUAACUUUGUGUUACUCAUGUCCUUAUUCACAUUUCUGGUCAACUGAGCCUCAGAGCCCAUGCUCCUCCAGACUGCACACUGUGGUCAUAUGACGGCAGGUCCACAACUGGCGGAGUAAGAGGGGAAAGUCCAUUUGUUUAAAGAAAUCCAGAGAUAGGUUCACUUUUUCCCCCUAUAAAAUCUUUAGCCUAUCUUCAUCAAAUGCUCGGUGGGCUGCACCUUCAUGAUGCUGCACCCAGCUCCUAAACCAGUGAGAGGAAACCAGGCCAUACCUCCCCAGGCGAAAUAGAAAACAUUUAAAAACUGGCCCAUGUCCCCAAGGACUGCCUGACAACAUCUAUAAGGACAGUCCUCUGACAGCUGCAUUGCUUGGGCUCAUGCCAACUGGAAGUGGAAUCACUGUCGCCAUCCGUUAGCCCAGGAAACUGAUAUAAGGCACUGGUGGGUGCCAUGCAAAGCCCAAGGUAAGACCCUGGCUAUCACUAGGCUGACCCCCCUUCACCCAAGACAUUUUUAGCUUGGUUAUUUUUUUUAUUGUUAAUCCUCACCCGAGGAUAUUUUUCCAUUGAUUUUUUUAGAGAGAGUGAAAGGGAGGGACAAAGAGGGUGA